AUGUCUCUGGACCCCUUCGACGACGUCCUCACCCUCGAAGACCAAUUCUUCUCAGAGGGCUUCCGCCAAGGCACCGAAGACGGCAUCCAAGCGGGCAAAAUCGAGGGCCGCUCCGUCGGCCUCGCAAAGGGCUACGAGAAAUUCUACGAGAGUGGCAGGAUACACGCCCGCGCCGUCGUAUGGGCAAACAGACUCUCCCUCCCCCAGAAGAACAGCAGCACCACCAAGAAGCCGACCAAGCCGCCAUCAGAGUCACAAAACAGGACCUGCUCCCUACCGCCGCUGCCAUCCAAUGCAAGACUAGAAAAGAACGUCACGACGGCGUUUGCGCUGGUCGAGCCGGACACGCUCUCCAAGGAGAACAGCGACGACGCCGUAAACGACUUUGACGACAGGUUGAAGAGGGCGCAGGGCAAAGUCAAGAUUAUUGAGCGCAUGACGGGUGAAGUGGUUUCUGCACCGGAGGCUGCGGCUGCUGGCGAUGUAAAGGUCCCUGAGGCCAAGGAAAUUUGA